AUGGAAACCUAUAUCGAGCGACUGGAGCAGGCAGUUGUACGCCUGGAGUCUCUCUCCGCCCAGAUGCAAAGCCGCUCCGGAGGAAUGGCCUACGGGGACUUUGUCAACGGAAUCAACGGAGGUGAGGCCCAGUGUAUGGAAGCAUUUGACCAUUUGAUUAAGGGUCCUGUGACUGAUUACUUGAAGAACAGCAGGAUCAUUGGAGGAGACGUAGCAAAGCAUGCUGAGAUGGUGAAUGAGGCUCUGCAGGUGCAGAGAGCCUUCCUGAAAAUGGCCACCACUCACCAGGAGCCAGCACAGACGGAGCUGUCAGAUCUGCUCAGGCCCUUGUCGGACCACAUCCAGGAGAUCCAGAGCUUCCGGGAGAAGAACCGGGGCAGCAGCCUGUUCAACCACCUGUCGGCAGUGAGCGAGAGCAUCCCCGCCCUGGGCUGGGUGGCAGUGAGUCAGAAGCCGGGGCCAUACGUUAAGGAAAUGAAUGACGCCGCCAUGUUCUACACUAAUCGAGUUUUGAAAGACUACAAAGACACUGACCCUCGUCACGUGGAGUGGGUGCGCUCUUACCUGGGCAUCUGGACUGAACUUCAGGGCUUUAUCAAGCAGCACCACACUACUGGACUGGUCUGGAGUAAGACUGGUCCUGUCGCCCCACCAUCCCUGUUCUCCACUCCAUCUGCAGGCCCCUGCCCUCCGCCUCCCCCGCCACCUCCAGGACCUCCACCCGUCUUCACAGAUGAAGGCUCUCAGCCGGACAAGUCUGCGGCUCUGCACUCGGCACUGUUUGCCCAGCUUAACCAGGGAGAAGGCAUCACUAAAGGUCUGAAACAUGUGUCCGAAGACCAGAAGACCCAUAAAAACCCCACCCUGCGUUCUCAGGGGGGGCCACACCCUGCCUCUUCAUCCAAAGCCCGAAGCUCCAGCUCUGCUCUGCCUGCCCCUGCCAAAAAACAUUCCCCCAUGCUGGAACUGGAGGGGAAGAAAUGGAGAGUCGAGCACCAAGAGCAGGCUCACGCCUUGGUGAUUGAGGAGACUGAGCUGAGACAAGUGGUCUAUGUCUACAACUGCAGCAACUCCACACUUCAGAUCAAGGGCAAAGUCAACUCCAUUAUUGUUGAUAAUUGUAAGAAACUUGGACUUGUAUUUGAUAACGUGGUUGGCAUUGUUGAAGUCAUAAACUCCAGAGACAUUCAGCUUCAGGUGAUGGGAAGAGUACCGACCAUUUCCAUUAAUAAGACUGAGGGGUGCCAUGUGUACCUGAGCCAGGACUCACUGGACUGUGAGAUCGUCAGUGCCAAGAGCUCUGAGAUGAAUAUCCUGAUCCCACAGGGCGACGACUACAGAGAGUUUCCAGUACCAGAGCAGUUUAACACAGUUUGGGACGGGUCCAAGCUGGUGACAGAACCGACAAAAAUCGCUGGCUGA